CCCAGAUUCCCCUCGACGCCUUGAUGCGCGGUAUUGCUUCCACAUAAGACCGCACUAUCCCACCAUCGUCAUCGGCCUUUGCUCUCGCACUCAGCCUUAGGCUACUCAAGCGCCCUCAGCGGGCUGUCUUCCGCUCGAAGCCCCCAUCUGAGAAGCCAGAGUGCCCUCGACUACUUCCUCUCAAUCAAACUCGUCAGACGCACUCUUCAUCAGACUCGCCAGUCUCACGCUGGAGAGCGAUGCUGGUCGAUCAGCUCCCGGACGAGGUACUGUCCUUGAUUCUCUCGAAUCUCGAGCUUGCUACCUUGUACCGCUGCCAUCUUGUUUGCAAGCACUGGCGCGAAGUGGGUCGCACGGAUGCCCUACUACGAAGGGCCUGCGUAAAUUUGGGCUUGCUCGAGGCUAACUCGUACUUAGGAGACCUUGCUACCACGUCGCGCCUGCCUCCUCCGACGGACGAAAGGCGGCUGGGCGAUGGCCAUCGACAUUCUGCCUUCGAGCUGUCGGGUCGAGACGCGAGCGAUGCUGCCUCCUACGAGCAGCUCCUAAAGAGUAGCCUGAUACUCCGCAAGAUCAAGUCACCUCCGGAGCUGACGUCUGUUGACCUCGAGCCUGCGCCGCCAUGUCUUCAAGGCGUGGUCAAAGGCUAUUCAAACCAUGCAGACGAAUCAGAGAGCGACAUCUGGCGAAUCAAGCUCGACCCAAUCGACAACGUCUUGAUCACGUCAGGCGCAAAGGGCGGCCUUACGGUACUGGACCUCGAGAGCGGCCAAGAGCUCUGGCGAGAGGCAGAUGUGAAGCAGUAUGCCCACGUGGAGUUCAGCGAGGGCUACGUGGUUCACGACCGAGACGGCCUUGAUGAGCAAGGGCGAGAGACUCAUUUUCAGGUGAGCGAAGCGGACGCAGCAGAGUCCAUGACAGAGGCAUGGGGAGCUCAUUCACUUCACUGAUCACAUACAGGUCUGGAAACUCGAACGCCUGGUCAAGGACCCUGAUGAAGCUCGCCGUGGGGUGCUCGUCCCGGCCGGGACCAUCACUUCUCCUUUCUCAC